GGUCCAUUUUAUAAGCGAGAUAGAAAAAGCGAAAUGCAGAUGAGCAGACACGUAAGCAGAAGUUGAAACAAUACGAAAGUGAAGAUGAAUAAACAAUUGCAGGGAAAAACACUCAUGCAUGUGGCCACAGCGAUAGUUUUGCACAAGUACGUUCAUUUCGCAACAGAUCAUGCACAUAGUCACACCCAUUUACAUAAAUCCAUUCAAAUUUUGUAUAUUCAGUGGCACCAUGCGCAUGAUGCUAUGCUACAUAUACACACACACCUCCCAAAUACAAACAUUCAUCACCAACAACACAAUGUCUCAGCUCGACCUCAGCGGCUUCCGCAAGAGGAAGAGAGGCGAAAAGGUGUUCAAAUUCAAAGUAUUCGGCGCGCGAGGCUACCCGGCCGGCUCCAACGGCUCCUUCCACGACAACGUCAGAGCCCUCCUCGAGUUCGGCCAGCUCGAGACCAACACCAUGUCCAGCUGGUCCUUCCAGCUCGAGGCACGCCGCCACCCGCUGCUGCUGUUUGUGGUCGAAGAGCCCGCCCUCGACUUCUCCUGCCGCCACUGCCGCUACAUAGGUUGGGGGCAUCACAUGAUCUGCAAUAAGAGCUAUCAUUUCGUGCUGCCGUCUGACGAUUACGCCAAGACCAACGCCAUCGACUUGCAUAGAGACACCCACAUCCUACAUGCUGUCCUCCACUCCAAUGGAUUCGGUCAUCUCCUCUGCAUCAACGCCUCCGCCCUGCCCGGCUACCAGAUCAUGGACUUCUGGGACCGCUUGUGCUCCGGUUUAGGAGCUAGGGAGGUGAGCUUGAGAGAUUCAGCUAAGAAGAAAGGAAUGGAGCUGAGACUGCUCCACGGCGUGGCCUACGGCAGGCCGUGGUUCGGUCAAUGGGACUACAUAUUCAAGCGAGGGAGCUAUGGUGUCGAUCAAGAAAUGUACCAAAAUGCAAUCAAAACCAUCCAAAACAUUCCCCUAACCCUAAUUGCUCAACAAUUUGGAUUGGGGAGUGAGAUUCAAGUAAUACUGUGGCGCUACCAGCAGCUCUCGAGCCACUCUCUGACGACGUUAGGCGAUCUGUUCCAUUUCAUGAUGGAGCUGAAAUCCAGAGUUUCCGAGGAGAGCAGCAGCGGCUCCGGCAGCUACCCGGCCAUCAUGUCGGACGCGUCGUGCCGGUGGUCGCCGAAGCGCGUGGAGAAGGCGAUCCACGUGGUGGUGGAGGCGUUGAAGCGCGCGGAGUUCCAGUGGGUGUCGAGGCAGCACGUGCGGGACGUGGCGCGCGCCUACAUCGGCGACACGGGGCUGCUGGACUUCGUACUCAAGUCGUUGGGGAACCACAUGGUGGGGAAGUACUUGGUGAGGAGGUGCUUGAAUCCCGUCACCAAAGUGCUGGAGUAUUGCUUGGAGGAUGUUUCUAGAACCUUCUCCAAGCAGGACGCCAAGUUGAGGCCUCAACACAAGAUCACUUGGGCUCAGCUCAUCAACGACUUGCUCUGCGUCUAUUCCAACAUUCUAGUAGAUCCCAAGAGCGGUGCCUUUGCUGCGCUCCCCGUCGCUUCCAGAGUCAUUCUCGACGCCAAACACCUGGCUAAAGACUACCACGGCGAGGCCACGGCGGCGGACGAAGCCAACAAGAAGAAAAUCUACUGCAGGGUGAUCCUGCAGCACAAUGGUGUGGAGGAAGCGGCGACGCCGUACCACUGCUUCUUGGUGAGGAACGGCGCGACGUUCGACGAGCUGAGGCGGCAGGUGGAGAAGACGUUCGGAGAGACGUACCUGGCGCUGAGGAACACGGCGGCGGAGUCCAUCAGGAACAUGAGCCCUCAAGGGUCGGACGCGGUGUUCAAGACGGUUAGGCCGGGUAGUAAGAUCGCGUUCGUGUGCGUGUGCGAGUGCGAGCACCAAACCCCAGAGCCCACGGUCGUCAACUGCGUUUGUGGGACUAGGGAUGAUGAUGGGGAGCGGAUGGUGUCGUGCGAUCUCUGCCGAGCCUCGCACCACACCAGGUGCGUGCGCGUCCCCGACCACCACGCCGUCCCUGAUAUAUUCCUCUGCACCGGAUGCGAACAGGAUAUCCUGCGCAUCCGAUGCUAUGCCACCUCCACGCCUAUCUGACUUGCUCACCACCAUUCAUUCCUUAUCUUAUGCUACAUGUCAAUCAAAAUUAAACCUAUUAUGUUAUGAAAAACACACAAUUGUCAUUAUGUAUAUUUUCCAAAUAUUAUUUCUGUGAAUUUAAUUUUUUUUUUUUUACUGCUUGUCAAUUGUCAUACUCACUUCCACUUUUAUGGUACUCCCUCCGUCCACUAAUUGUUGGCCUACUUUCCUUUUUGGUCCGUCCACCAAUUUAUGUCCUACCCAUUUACGGUAAGUCUUUAUAAUUUUUUAAUUGGUGGGUCCCAAUAAACAAUACACUUUUUCUCCACUCAACUAAUAAACAAUAUAUUUUGUUGGUUCCUUUCUCCGCUCACUACACUUUUUCUUACAAUCCGUGUUUUGCCUCCUAGGCCAACAAUUAGUGGACGGAGGGAGUAAUUUUUAUUUUUGCACUAUAGUAAAAUUUGAUUUUGUUUUGAUUGCAAGUUUUGGAACUAUGGAGAGAAAACGGAAAUAAAAAAUUAGACUGAGGUAUAGUGUGUGUGAGACAGAGAGCGAAGAGAUGAG